AUGGCACCUUUAACCACUGAAAACAAUGGCACGAAAAGACAAAUCAAAAAGAGAAAAAUAGAUCCCUCGAUCUCAGCAAGUAAACCAACAGCCAAAAGCACCACCAAUUCAACCGAUGAUGCAGUAAAUCCAAUAAAUCCUCUGAGUCCAACUCGAGCAUCAACUGGUAAUCAAACAUCAUUUCCCACACCAACACCAUAUUUGACAACAACGGCGAAUAUCAUCAUGGAAACUCCAUCAACAGGAAGUGAAGUUCCAUCAAUGUCAGUGUUGCCCACAUCAGCAAGCACGUCAAUAACGCCAUCAACCACAGCAGAACCAGAUCCGGUAAACAUAGCGAUAAGCUCAUUCAAACCAUUCAUCGUUCCUACCGUAUUGGUAAUUUUGGGCUUCUGUUUAUUGACAUUUCUUUGUUGUUGCGUACGAUGGAGUCGUUUCAACAAAAAUAAAAAAGUUAAUUCAUUAGAAAAUGAAAAGAGCGAUAAUGAAAAUUUAACCGCUAUGAAUGGUGGAAACCCGGCAGUAAUAAUUUGCGGAGGUGCUGGAAAUCAUCGUUGUAGUAACUGCGGAACUACUAUUACUGAUGAAUCAGAAGGAUCCGAGGAUAAUGGUUCGGAUGAAAGUGAAUGGGAAAACCGCGAUGAUAAAAGAAAAUCAGGUUUCUUAAUUCUUCCUAGUUCAAAUCAACAGCAGCAGCAGCAACGACAAAAGUUAACUGCGGCGAAAAAUAAAAAUCUAGACAACUCAAAAGAAAAUUCCAAGAUAGAUAGACGUGUCAGCUUCAAAAUCAACAGCAAAGACAUAAAAAGACCAAAAAGUAAUAAACUUGGCAUUGAAGUCGCAGCGGAUGAUGAUGAUGAAUGGACUCGAUAUUUAAAGAGAUUAGCAUCUAAUUCACCAUCAAGUCAAUCGGUAUUCACAGAAAUUGUCGAGACAGAAGCCGAUAACAAACCAAAUAAUGAUGAUGUGUCUUCAAUUUCAGAAAUUGGAACUGAUCCAAAUUACUUAGUUCCUACUGAUGUUAUUCCUAAAUCUGAUGAAUCUGAUGAAUCAUCAAAAUCUGCCUCAUCAUCACCUUUACAAAAUAACGAUAUUCCAUCCUUAACAAUCAAUGCUGACAAUGAUGUUCAAUCUAUUUCCAGUUCACAACGUGAAAUUCCAUCUAGUAAUAAUUUACCUACGUUAAGAGCAUCUUCUGCCUCUGGAUCCUCAGUACCGAUUGCUGUUUUGCGACCGACAAACAGUAGUACCACAUCAUUAAUCAUGCAACAGAAUAAUAUCUACGCAUCAAGAACUUUGGUAUUUCCAUUACCCCCUAAAACUAACCAUAACAGCUGA